UCGCGAUUUCCAUAAUUCUCGUGACCCAACGCAACGUUAGUUAUCGGAAACAACUUAAUUACUACAGCGCAUUUCACGGCCAACCGAGGCCAGAUUAUAUAAGCAAGUCCCUUAAAACUGGAUCAGUGAAUGUGUUAAGUGUUACUAAAUACGAGGAGAAUCUUUAUUAGAAGAAAACGAUGUCUACUUGGGUGGAAUACUACAAUUACAUAAUGGAUACGAAAGGACAUCCGAAGACGAGGGAUUGGUUCCUGAUGUCGGGUCCCGGACCUCUCCUAACGAUAUUAGCAACAUACUUGUACUUCUGCAACUCGGCCGGUCCGAGGUACAUGAAAGAUAGAAAACCGUACGAGCUGAAGAACCUCAUCAAGCUCUACAACGCCGUUCAAGUGGGCCUAAGCGUGUUCUUGGUCUAUGAGGGUCUUCAAGGAGGAUGGGUGAAUGGUUACAGAUUCUCAUGUCAACCGGUCGACUAUACCGAUAAUCCUACAGCUAAUAGA